CCCUCCCUGAUGUCCCCGCGCAGCAGUACGCGCUGGCACGGGUAGCUGGGGCUCCUGUCGCGCGAGUGUCCCGUCGCUCUGAAGGGAAUGGCCUGCAUUGUGACGCGGACGAGCCCGCCUCAGCCCAUCUGCGUAGUUCCGCGCCAGGUGUCUCCUUAGGUCGGGGCAGAGGCGGAUACUAGAGCUCAGGGACGCUCUUCGAGAGCACGAGCGGAGUGGCCUCCCGGGAGGGAUGGAGGCCGGCGGGGCUGCAGGGCAGUCGGGGGACAUCGUCCAGGUGACGGUGAAAGAGGAGGACCGCGCUUGGGACCAGGAGCCCGGCCAGCCGAGGGGCGUGUCGUGCCUUAGAGAGCUAUCUCGGCAGCGCUUCAGGCAUUUCUGCUACCAGGAGACCCCGGGGCCCCGGGAGGCGCUGCGCCGGCUCCGCGAGCUCUGCCACCAGUGGCUACGGCCCGAAGCCCACAGCAAGGAGCAGAUCCUGGAGCUGCUGGUGCUGGAGCAGUUCCUGGCCAUCCUGCCCGAGGAGCUGCGGGCCUGGGUCCGCGAACAGCAUCCAGAGAGUGGGGAGGAGGCGGUGACUGUGCUGGAGGACUUGGAGAGGGAGCUGGAUGAGCCUAAGCAGCAGACUCCAAGUCUUGAACACCAAAAAAUGACUACAGCAAAGAAAGCAAAACUGAAAACAGAUAGUGGAAGAUCAUUCCAAGAGGCCUGGACAGAAUCAUUUGGAGUGAUCGAAUGCAAUGGGAAAGCGUUAUGUAUUUUGUGUAGCAAAAGUGUUGUGUGUCGCACAUCAAGUGUCAGACGGCACUUUGACACCAACCACAAAAGUAUUGCCGAACUUGGUGAAGCUGAAAGGAAAGAAUUUCUGGAAGAAAAAUUGAGGAAAUACCGUUCUCAGUAUAUUAGUUUUUGCAACUAUCUUUCUAAAACAAAUCAUCUGACAACUGCCAGCUUUCAGAUUUCACUGAGCAUAGUAAAGCACGGUAAGCCCCUCUCUGAUGGGGACUUUAUCAAAAUGGCUAUGUUGUCUGGAAGUAAUUCCCUUUUUCAUGAUUUCCCAAACAAGGAUGAAAUUAUGCAACGAAUCUCUGAGAUGCCACUUAGCCGAAAUACUGUUAAAGAUCGAGUCCUGCGCAUGGCAAGUGAUGUUAGUCAGCAGCUCACCACUGACUUACAAAAGGCAGCCUGUUACUCCAUGUGCUUGGAUGAAAGCGCAGAUAUAAAUAAUCAUACAAGCCUAGCAAUAAUUUUGCGUUAUGCUGUUGGUGACGUCAUGAGAGAAGAGCUGGUGAAACUGGUGUCGUUGCCUGGAAGAACACAAGGGAUAGAUAUCUACAAUGCUGUGAUGGAGGCUUUUUUGUCACAAGACAUAAGACCAGAAAAAGUGGUUUCAAUUACUAGUGAUGGGGAACCUUGCAUGGUUGGGGCAACGUCGGGUUUCAUUCAGUUCUUUGUUAAAGAAGCAAAACAUCCAGUCAUUCAGUUUCAUUGUAUUAUACAUCAAGAAGCUCUUUGUGGAAAGGAAAGCAGCAAAAAACUAGAUGAUAUCCUCAAAGAUGUCUCAAAGAUGGUGAAUUACAUCAUGGCUCAUGCUCUUAAUUUUCACCAGUUUCAAGCACUUCUUGAGGUUCAGGCACAGUAUAAUGCUUUACUUGUGUACAGUAAUGUCCGGUGGCUGAGCAGAGGACAAGUCCUGGAGAAAUUUGUAGCCUGCUUGGAUGAAAUUAGACUGUUUAUGAAUGAAAAAGGGCAGGAAUAUCCACAACUCACUAAUAUGGACUGGCUUAAUAACCUCAUGUUUUUUACAGAUUUUACACUACACUUCAAUGUACUUAACAAAAGACUACAAAGUGUAGGGAAAACAGCAGAAAGGAUGUUUUAUGAUAUCAAAACAUUUGAGAGAAAACUGCAGGUUUUUGAAAGAGAUCUAGAAAGUGGGCAGCUGAAAUAUUUUCCAAAUCUAAAAAUUCAUUUAGAAAAAUCUACAUUUACAGACAAAUUUAUAAACUAUCAGGAAAUCUACAAGGAAUUUUCUAGUAUGGUAGCAGCUAUAAAGGAGAAUUUUAGUAACAGAUUUUUACAGUUUCAUAAGAUGGAGACAACCCUGUGUUUUCUUACUUCUCCAGAUAAAGCCAAAUUUGAAGAACUUGAUCUUUCCUGCUUAUAUUGGUUAGAUUAUGGAAAUCUGGAAAUGGAGCUGCUGGAAUUUCAAGAAAGCUCUAUCUGGAAAAAUAAAUUUUAUGACCUGCGUGCAACACUUGAGAAGAUAGAGAAGAUAGAGUCUGAAGGGCUGACAAAGCACAGCACAGUUGGUAGUUUUGAAAAUGAAAUCCUUAAAGUGUGGAAUUCUUUGCCAAAUAAUUUUAAGUCAAUGAAAGCACUUGGGAUUGCUUUUCUUACUUUGUUUGGAUCAUCUUAUGCUUGUGAACAGCUGUAUUCAGCUUUGAAUUAUAUCAAAUCUGAUACAAGAAACAGACUGACAGAUGACUUGAGUGCUGCAUAUGUUGCUCUCAAACUAACAAAGUAUGAGCCACGGUUUGACAAACUAUCAGCAUGCAUACAACAGCAAAGAUCACAUUAAUUGUGCAAAAGCACACCAAAUGCAAGCUUUUACUUUUCAAUA